CCACCACGCCUCUUUCUUUUCGGCCGGAACCGCCAUCUUCCAGGUAGGGUGUGUGCGUUUCUCUCGGCGAACUUGGUUGUGUUGAAUUGUAACUCUGAGUCUGCUGAAGCCGCCCAGUGGGUCCAGUAAUUCGCCAGAAUGACUAACACAAAGGGAAAGAGGAGAGGUACCCGUUACAUGUUCUCUAGGCCUUUUAGAAAACAUGGAGUUGUUCCUUUGGCUACAUACAUGCGGAUCUACAAGAAAGGUGAUAUUGUAGAUAUCAAGGGAAUGGGCACUGUUCAGAAAGGAAUGCCCCACAAAUGUUACCAUGGCAAAACUGGAAGAGUCUACAAUGUCACCCAGCAUGCAGUGGGCAUUGUUGUAAACAAACAAGUUAAGGGCAAGAUUCUUGCCAAGAGAAUUAAUGUACGAAUUGAGCAUAUUAAGCACUCAAAGAGUCGAGAUAGCUUCCUAAAACGUGUGAAGGAAAAUGAUCAGAAAAAGAAGGAAGCCAAAGAGAAAGGUACCUGGGUUCAGCUGAAGCGUCAGCCUGCUCCACCCAGAGAAGCACACUUUGUGAGAACUAAUGGAAAGGAGCCUGAGCUGUUGGAACCCAUUCCCUAUGAAUUCAUGGCAUGAUAAGUGUGGAAAAAAUAAAAGACUUCUAUACUGAUAAAAA